UUCUGCGGCUAUGGAUGUGUUCCAGAAAGUAGAGAAGAUCGGAGAGGGCACCUAUGGGGUGGUGUAUAAGGCCAAGAACAAGGAGACCGGGCAGCUUGUGGCCCUCAAGAAGAUCAGACUGGAUCUGGAAACAGAGGGAGUCCCAAGCACGGCCAUCAGGGAGAUCUCCCUGCUCAAAGAGCUCAAGCACCCCAACAUCGUCAGGCUGCUGGACGUGGUGCACAGUGAGAAGAAGCUUUACCUGGUGUUUGAGUUCCUCAGCCAGGACCUGAAGAAGUACAUGGACUCCGCCCCAGCCUCCGAGCUGCCGCUGCGCUCCGUCAAGAGCUACCUCUUCCAGCUGCUGCAGGGCGUGAAUUUCUGCCACUCGCAUCGGGUCAUCCACCGAGACCUGAAGCCCCAGAAUCUGCUCAUCAAUGAGUUGGGUGCCAUCAAGCUGGCUGACUUCGGACUGGCUCGAGCCUUCGGGGUGCCCCUUCGCACCUACACCCACGAGGUGGUGACGCUCUGGUAUCGCGCCCCCGAGAUCCUCUUGGGCAGCAAGUUCUACUCCACGGCCGUGGAUGUCUGGAGUAUCGGCUGCAUCUUUGCUGAGAUGGUGACCCGCAGAGCCCUGUUUCCUGGUGACUCUGAGAUUGACCAGCUCUUCCGAAUCUUUCGGACCCUGGGGACACCCAGUGAAGCCGUGUGGCCAGGGGUCACCCAGCUGCCCGACUAUAAGGGCAGCUUCCCCAAGUGGACCAGGAAGGGGCUGGAGGAGAUCGUGCCCAGUCUGGAACCAGAGGGCAAGGACCUGCUCAUGCAACUCUUGCAGUACGACCCCAGCCGGCGGAUCUCAGCCAAGGCGGCCCUUGUGCAUCCAUACUUCUCGUCCACGGGGACCCCCCCGGCACCCCACCAGUGCGUGCUGGAGCGGUUCUGCCGCUGAGAAGGCCCGAGCCUCCCAGCCUCUCUCCAGCCGCUGCCCCUGCUGCCUCCCCACCCACUGCCCC